GCGCUGCUGAACCCCUGCCUGGGACUGAAGGUCCUAGACAGCAUCGACACGCUCCCACCCACUCCCAAAGUCUGGCCCUCAGACGAGGAGUUGAUUGCCAGCGACUUGCUGGAACGCAGGAUCGCCAAGUUCAUGAGCUACGAUCAGAUCUGCGAGGGCGAGGGUCCGCAGCGCCCGGUGAUGAACGUCAUCCCGUCGAACCGCAUCCAGAACACGAUCGAGAGCGACAUGCCGAUGCCCCCGCAAAACGACAAGUGGAGGAGCAUCGCGCUGCACUCGGGCGAGGUGCUCUCGCGGAGCAGCGAGGACCUCAA